CCCUAUCGCCAGCAGGAAUCAGCUGUUGCUGUGCUAAUGUUUUUGUUGUGUGCUUUCCUUGAGGCGUAGUUUUUGUUUAUUGAUAACUACAUUACUCAUAGAUAAACCGGGAAAAUGGCGCUGGUGGAUCAUGAUUCUUGGGAUAUUGAGUAUGAGGGUUGCGAGCGACUGCGCCACCAGCUGCUGGUGCACCUCAAUCAGCGUCAACAGCCUAGUACGAGGGCUAGCCAGUAUGUCCAAUUGACGAGCAGCAUAAAGUCAGGACUGGAGCAGUUGGCCAAGGACAUGAAGCAUUUAAAGGUUGUGCUGGACAACGCUAUUACCUGGGAAACGAGCCCGGAGGAAGAGCUGCAGCAAAGGCGUAUCGAUUAUGACCGACUCAACUCGCAGCUGCGUGAGAUCCGCGAGAAAUUCGCCAAUAGCACGCGCUCGAAUGACCAGACCACCACCGCUUCUGGAUCUGCUUGGCAGGAUCAAGACCUAGUUCCGAGUCAAAGCAGUUCUUCCACCGCAUUGGAUGUGGAGGCCUUGAAGCAGCGAAAGAUUGAGAUGCUAGAACAACAGAACCAAGGUCUGGAAGUUCUAUCAGCCACAUUAUCUAGGCAACGACAACUGGCCACCCAACUGGGCAACGAAGUGGAGGACCAGAACAACAUCCUGGAUAAUCUGGCCAAUGCUAUGGAUCGCGUGGAGACGGGAGUGCAGAGAGAAACCCAAAGUAUUGGACAGGUCAACCGCCGGGAUAGCACCUGGGGCUACUGGCUGGUCAUCAUCGCAUUGUUUGUGGCCAUAAUCAUCGUGGUUUUCGUUUAGUGAUGUAUUCCAGUUGUUACGCUACUGCUUUAUAUUUAUGACCUGCGUGGAGGAAUGUCUAUCUGUCGUUAAUCCAAAGUUUCAUUAUUUAUGUAUACACGAAUUAAAGUAGGAUUUAUAAGUA